UUAUUUUUCUUUUCUUAGGCGACAUUGUAUAUUUGUUAAUACGUCUAAUGGAAAGGCAAGUUUUCAUUGAAGGAAGGCAAGUUUUCGUUGAAGGAAGGCAAGUUUUCGUUGUAGGCAAGUUUUCGUUGAAGGCAAGUUUUCGUUAAAUUUCACUUCGACUUAAAACAGCCCUUUUUUGUUGCUGCUCUUCACGAUGUUAACAAUCGCACUUCAGUUAACUGUGACAUCCAGUUGAGUGUAGCAACGCACGAAUUUGUGGUCGCACUGUGUCUCUCAAAUUUUUUUUGUGUGAGGGUAACUGCAACAUGGGCUUGACUGCCACCCCAGAUUUGAAAUACUUUGUCAUUGAAGCGAAUGGUGUGGUGCAUCUUUUUAUUUCCUUAAAGGUAUCUUGAAUCGACGAACGUUAUGAUUGGCACAGAGCGUCGUGCCAACUACCCUGGGUGCCAGUGUCUCCAUGAAUGAGUCUCAGAAACAUAGUUCGAAUAUUUUUAAAAAAGGCCUAUUCCAUCCACCGUACGCCACUGCUUCGGUCUACAGUACCGUAUCUCAUGUUUCUUAAAGCUCUGGUACCAUGGGUGCGUACCAACCUACCAUCUUUAGUAUCUAGAACCGGACCUAUGGUCGGCACUGCAACUAAGCAUGCAGGAACGAACACAGAUACAGACCUUAAUUAAAUUUCUCUCUUUCUUCGGUAUAUCAGUACUUAACUUGAUGAGGGCUUCUGCAACCUAACCUAUCCAUCUCUCUGCUUCAUCUCAUUCUUCUUGAAUAACAACAACAAUACCUCUCGUUCCAGUCCCUCAUAACUCACAACCACACAGCAACAAGCUUGAGACAAAAUAUAGGUUAUCUGAAAUUUGAAAUGCCGGUCUCUUUUAAACUACAGAGUAUGUGCUUACAUCCAUAUAGAUAUCACAAACUUAAAGGGGCCUAUGCAACCAGCAGCCUUUGCGCGCUCGCAUUUGUUUUGUUUUUCUAACUGUGUUCUUCUAUGCAAGACGAAAAUGGCGAGAAGAAUUCGAUGGGAAAUUUCUGGUAUUAAUGUAGCGCUCUGGACGGCCUCUAUUUGGUUUCAUUUUGCGCGCAGCUUGUGCUAGCAGCUUUCCACCAUUUUCAUGGACGACGAAAAUGGCCGCCUUCCCAGUUUACGCCCGCAAAGGCUACUGGUUGCCCACGCCCCUUUAAAGGGGUUCUCGAGGACCUUUCUGCUAGAGUUCAAGGGACGAUUCAACCUCUUUCAUUGUUGCUAACAUUAGAGUGGGUGGGUAUGAGGCUUGGUUGUCCUGUCGAAAAACAGAGACCAGCCACAUUCCAGUUACAGCUGACCUAUUGACGAUCAAGCAGGACAAAUAAAGAACAGCAUGCAUCUGCAUGCAAAUGCUCUUAUUAAUUUAACAUGAAUGGUAUGUUUACGUAAGACUGAUGCGUCAAAUAUGAAGACCUUUUCGGUUUGGAAUAUUUUUUAAUUGGUUUGGUUAUAGUGAUCCUGAUCUCAUUAGCCGUAGCUUAGCGUAAUGGAAACAGGAAAGGAAAGUAAAAAGACCGGGUUUUAAAUCUGCCCCUAAUUGGUUUAGCUCACUAGAUUUGCAAUGUCUACCUAAAUGGUAGUCCAUGAACAAGUCCAUUUAGAUCAUAAUGGCUAAAUGGAUAUGGGUGAUUUUGUAAGUGGGCCGUCAAACAUACAUUGCCAUUCUGGUCUGGUCUACUUAACCCCGACCGACGAACAUUGACGCCACAGAAGAUGUCAUUCAAGUGUUGCUAGGAAAUGUCUGUGUCAAAUAAGUGGCCUGUUGUAUAAAUACCGCGCGGCAAAUAUACUACCAUUGGAUGGGCUAAUGCUUUUCAACAAGUCGCGUCGUUCAGCUUCGUGGCAACGUCUAACCAAAUUUGUUGGUGCCGCCCUACUUUGGUUUUCUUUUUGUUAGAAAUCAGAGAAAAAGCUUGGCUAAAAAGAUUUAUAAUUGCACCUGCAUGUUUAGAUAUAAUUGCACAUUCUGACAAAUGACAGAGACUCAAAGGCCCAUUUGCCUGUGUUUGGAGGUUCUCUUCAAAACCUUUUCUACUCCAACUCUUCUAAACAUAGAGGUGGAAAGGCUUUGAAAAAGCGUUUCUCAGGAAUUUUGAUGGGAAUGCAAAAAGUGCGUUUCUUCAUAUAUCUCCCGCAUUUCUACCAUAGAAAUGUUUUUAUAAUUUCAAGUAAGCCUUCCCUGCUUUGGGAGUCCCUCGGUCCAGCUUCUAACAAUCACGACAGAAGAUCGUUAAGCCUACUUUAAGCCUACUUUCCACUGAGCGAAUCGCGCGACAAGAUUUUGUCGAAAAAGUUGUAUUUUGAGCGUGCGCUGUUAAUGCGGCUGUUGUCACAGGUUUGCCCGGCUAUGUCGCAGAAAAGUUGAGAUACGUUCAACUUUUUAAUCGUUCGCGCAACAACAGGCAUGCAAAGCAAGAUGCAAUCCACUUCCCAGCCCACAGUUUUGGGGUUGUAUCUAGCCAGUUUUAUUCGGGGGAUGGCCCAAAAUAGUAAAGUGGCACAAGAAGCGCAAGCAUUUGCCACAAAUUUCUUGAAAGCAAUUUUAAAAGCAAUCUUCGAUUAAUUGCAGCUAUUUGAAUCCUUUGAAAUUUGGCGGGAAUGAUUGUCGAGCGACAAAUUUCUGCUGCAGCGGAAAGCAUAGACGAUUGUCGCACGAAACCUCCACAGGUUUCGCAGAAGAUCAACACGGAUUGAAAUUCCUACGAUAUGAAAUUAUAGACAAUAAACCAAUUGGUUUGAUUUGAUUUCAUUUGUCCAAUUGGAAUAUAAUGGCUGCAUAAUUGAAUGAAGACAUUGAGUUUUGCACCACAAUGCCCAGUCUCCUGAACAAUGUGUAUUUCUUUGGCAAAUCCGCACAACUUGUCUCGUUUAUCAGAUUUGCUAGUCUGUUAAUUAGAAGGCUAUGGCCAACCCAGACACAGACUGGAGACAUACUAAAUACAUUACUUUCAUAUCUCACAGCAACGCUUGUUUAUUACUUUUUCCCUCCAUUUCAAUCUUAAGAAAGGUUGUUGCGAUCUUGUUUACUAUAAAUACAACCGUCGUUUCUAAAAGACUGAAUAUAAACAACGGUUUGCGCAGUGGACACGUUACGUUUGCGCUUUCAUUCGGUUAUGCUAAUCAAAGCGCGCCAUCCGUGCUACAGUUACAGUAACCGGCUCCUUUCUACCAGGAAGCCUUUGAGCCCUGUGAAUGUCUUUCUUUGCUCGACGCUUGAAUCUUGAAUUCUACACCCAACAUCCCACUUUUUGCAUGGCAUCUUUUUCUUCUUGUUAGCUUAUUCCACAUUGUAAAUAGAAAAAUAUCCUCUGUUCUGUUCUUUUUACUUACAGAAGCAACAGUCUACUUUGUCAUAAAAAAAUAAACAAAGUUCUCUGCUUUAAUACUUGAACUCAUAGGAAAGAACUGUGUCAAAAUUAUGUUUUUAUUGAAUUCAUGACAUCGCAUUGAUUUUUCCUUUCUGAUGCGUGUUGUGUGCUAUAAAAUAAACUGUUACACCAUCUUAGUUUGGGGAAUAAACGCCAGUGGAUGUACAGAAUGUAUAUCUUGCCUUCACUGCACAUGACAAAAACUUCAUGUAUAACUGUCUCACUUCUCUCAGCAUCGAGCUACUUUUAAGCUAUUAUUAUGGCAAGAAACAAUUACGGGGUAAAUUUAUGUAGAGAUACUAAAUAUAGGUUGAAAAUAUUGAAUAGCUAGAUUUCCCCUGUUUGGACCCAAUCGAAACCCGAGAAAACUUUGUGAAAUCAGAUAGGUCGUGUGGAAGCAACCCAAAACAAUGAUAUCAUCAAAAUAUUAAUCCAUAGAAUACUGCAGAAAGAUUAAUCCAAACAAUAAGAUUGAUCCCAAAUUUGUGUAAUUGCCAUUUUAAGAAGAAGGAUUUCGUUUGAUCCUAGACAGGAUCUUUUCUGGUUGCUGUCUGUUCGCAUAAUCCGUGCUUGGCUGCCAUGAAAGUCUAUCGUAAUACCGCAAAGGCCAUUUAUCCAGGUCAUUAAGCACAUCGAUUUAAAAAGGCCUCUAUUUUCACUUUGUUUGCUACCGUAAUAAAUAUGGAGUCAAUCUGUAACAAGUUUUUUUGUAGUCACAGACGCUUAUUUGGGGUAGCUUCAAGUGAAACAAAGUCGGCGCUUAUUUCAGAAAGCGACGAGACUUUUCGAAAUUACAAACUCUCUUUCAAGUUCAUGUUUGUUUGCAGUUUGCCUAAACGAACCUGCAUAUAAGAUAUUUCUUCCCCAUAAUUAUUUAAGUAUAAGAUUAGUAUCAAGUAUCAUAGAACAGGUGCUGACAUUCUUUUCAUAUCUUCUGUCUGCCAAGAUUUAUAUUCUUUGCUUUAUCAUGUCUGCGUCCCCUUUCACAGCAUUAAAAAUAAGGCAAGAGGGGGUGAGCCUCCCUUCCCCAGUCUUCUGAAACAUUUCCUCAUAAUGCGUCCUCUGGACCAACGAACUAUUUAGAUUUCGGACCCUAGGCGCUAAAUAUGAUUAGGCCUAUGUUUUCUAGUGCCAAAAUACCCUUAUAUGGUUUGCAAGCCUUUCCCCCAGAUAGGCCCGAAAUUAAUAUAUCCUAAUUUUUCAUACGCUUAUCUUCUUCCGAAUAAAAUCAAUUGAUCAGGAAUGGGAUCAAUUUUUUAAGGUGUUAUUACAACCAAAUUCCAUUCCGCCCCAUUAAGGGGACAGUUUGCACUAUUCUUUCACUCGAACUCGUUCUAAUUUCCUCAUUAUUUGUAAUGUCGUUGGUGAAAAUGGAUGCACAAACUCUGCAUCGAUUUGUUCCCCUCCCCAAAAUGCGAUUCAUCCGCUACAUAUUUAUUUUGACCGUCGAUUGAAUCGGUUGCAGGGGCGGAUCCAGGCAAUUUUCUGACCGUUGCUCAGUUUUAGAGACCACGCCCAAAAAGUUUGCCACGCCCCUUUUUUCUUUGGUGAUGUUAAGUAAACAAGAUGGGUUAUAUAAGCAAGAAAAGUAUUGUACAAAAUAAAGGAAUGUUUUUUCAUAAAAUUCAGCAAAUGCUCUACGUAAUUUGUUUCACUGGUUGAAAUGUAUCUUUCAUGCACCAUAGAAGGAAGCAUCGAAUUAGUAGAAAUCUUUAGCUGUCUUUAUCGGAAACACGCACAGAAACAGGGGCAAGAAAGAGUACUUUGAAAAUCUGACCGGUGCUCAAGCACCUUUUGCACCCCCUGGAUCCGCCACUGGGUUCUAUUUUCAUAAAUCAACUGCCACGAGGAUGCUUCUUUUUAAAGAAAUUAAACCGUGUAAUACUGGACGUGUCGAAUGAACGAUUUUAUCAAUAAGAAAGCCCCAUUAAGAUCGUUUUAUCCUGCACAUUUAAAAAAUUUACUCGUGCCCAAAAGAUUUCUUUGACCCAAACCGCAAGCAGACAGCCAAAUUCUAGUGAUUUUAGAAAGACAAGAUCGUGUUCCAGCCUCCGAAACUUAUCUAAUAAGUCAAAUGAACGAGAAUCAUUCUUAACUAAGAAGGAAACUGGAUUUUCAUAAGUUCAAUAUUUGUUUCAGUAGAUUGAGGCUUGUUAUAGCGGAGGUUGAUUUGUUCCUCUGCUUCACCACAAGACCAGUGUCGAUCAGAUAACUUUUAAUUGGUGUAUCCUCAAACGUUCAAUUUACAGUUAAGUCAAAUUGCGGCCUUUCCCAGACUGUAUUUCUUUUAAGGCCGUAAUUAAGCUAAGAACCACCGCGGAACAGGGCAGCCAAGUCACGCAGCUCCCUUACUUGAACCAGCUGAAGUCACGCAGCUCCCUUACUUGAACCAGCUGAAGUCACGCAGCUCUCUUACUUGAACCAGCUUAAGUCUAUGUCUGCUGUGCAUUCGUAUUUGUUAAUCAGCCAACAAGCUGUUCUCCUACCUACCAAAGACUGUUUCUUCCAGCAUAUUCUUUUCCCAAUCUUAAUUGGCUAGGAGAUUCAAAUUCUCCAUAACAUAUUAACUAAUCAGAGUUCAUCAAUUUCACAACGGAAAAGUAUCGUAUUGUAAAUUGUGUUGAAAGCUGUUUGGUCAUCUUAUAAUAAAAACUGUAAUUGUACUAAAUUAAAUUUUCCGCAACCGUUAGCUACGAAGGCUUGAAAUUGGCCGUUCAUAACCUUAAUAAUUAUGUAAAGGGGAGUAUAUAAAACUCACACAUUCGCCAUGACAAAUGAAUAUUAGGUUCUUUAAUGUUUGCUUGAAUGCUUGUGUGACCGACGUUGAAAUCAUGAUUUAAUGAUCUUGUUGUACCGAUUUUAUCUCACGAAGCAUGUCCUACUGAUCAUGUCCCUGAUCACAUGCUACUGAUCAUGUCCCAUUAAUUAUGUCCUACUGAUCAUGUGCUACUGAUCAUGUCCCAUUAAUCACUUCCUAGUAAUCAUGUCCGACUGGUCAUAUGCUACUAAUCAUGUGCUACUGAUCAUAUGCUACUGAAUAAGGCCUUCAAAUCAUGUCCCAUUGAUCAAAUGCUACUGAUCACAUGCUACUGAUCAUAUGCUACUGAUCAUAUGCUACUAAUCAUGUAUUCUGAUCAUAUUUUACUGAUAAUGUGCUACUGAUUGUGUUUUCUUGAUUAUGUUCUAAAGAUCUUGACCUAUUGAUUAUUAACUACAGUAAUUUUGAGAAUGCUUUGCACCAAAUGUUUCUGCCCCCAAUUUAAUAGGCUUUAAACUCCGUUCCUUUCUGCCCUCUAAAAGGGAAUUGACAUAUACUAAAGUGGCUUGAGCCAUCUAUCAAUCAAAAUUGGCCAAUCAGAAGCGUGAUACCGCUCACUCGUCUAUUGAUUGGCCAACUGUUGAUUGACAGAAGACUGAAGCAACUUCUGUAUCUGUCAAUGUCCUUUAAGAAGCAAGUAGUCAAUCUUGAGAGAGCAAAAUGAGCGACUUCCUGUGAAUGCCAAAGGAGCCAUUUUUCAAGACAUCAGGAGGUGGUUGCUUCUCGUUAAAGUUCGCUCUCUCUUCCUAAUUCACCGGAUAGCAUCAAUUCUGCAACACCUAAGAAGCCAAGCAUUCGAUCUCACGCGCAAUCGACGUGAAAAUUAAUGAAUUUUAGAUUUUUCGCUACGAAAUGCGGCGCCUUUAUGCUUAACAUAAUCAAUACCUUUGAGUCGAGGUAAUCGGUGAAGGUCUCCUUUAUAUCUACAUAUUCAUUCUUCUGAUUCGUCAUCUAAUCCUUAUUUGAUAGAAGCUCUUUUUGACGUUUGUAUUUCUUUUCAUGUUUGUACGCUACGCCGAAACUUCCCAAAGUUCUAUGAAUUAUUCUAGCCCCUUAAUUACAAUGGUCUACGGGCUAAUUCAGCCUUAAGAAUGCCUUAAAACCAAAGGCUCCUUUUGGCGUCCUUUCUUAUCAUGCUCAUUUCUAUAGUUACUCGUUGAUCAUACUCUCUGACUCCUUGAUUAGGAGUCUUCCUCUGACGCCUGUUUGACCGUAAGCGUUUGUAAUCAUAAGCAGCCUUUCCAAUUCUCGAUACAGACACAGCUCGCCCGCCAAGCUAGCCUCUGAUGUUUUAACCAAACUUCCGCAUUAACGGCUUCCCUCCUUCGCAGACGACAUUAAGAUAAAAAGAGGCUGAGAGGAACACGUCUAUAGAUAAACUUUGCUUCCAUCGUCUAUUUUGUUUUAUGAACUUUUUUACUGUCAUCAGAGCUCUCCUUUGUUGAUUCCUAUCAAAGCUCGUGGGCUUGCCUCCUUUGCAGACGAAGAUAAGAUAAAGCGAGACUAAAGGAACAUUUCUUAAGAUAAACUGUGCUUUUUUCAUGCUCUCUUUAUCAUCUGAACUCUUAAUUGCCAUCAUAGUCCUCUUUUGUUGAUUCAUAUCAUAAUUGUAGAUGUUGUUUUCUUUUUAUGUGUCCAUUCAUUAACGUAGACCAAAAGGAAUACUCUGUCUGACGAUGAUAACAUUUUGCUUUCAUGCUUAUAUUUUUCAUUUAAACACUUGAUUGCUAUCAGACUUCUUCAUAUUUAUCAAAUUACUGGCGCUUUAAAUGUCUCUUUCUUUGGUCCUAACUUUGCCAAGAUGUCCUUGUAGUUUUUGCAGUGGUUCGCUUUCUGUCAAUGAGCUCCCUGUACUCUGCACCAGUGCCAAGUCAUGAUGACAGUUUCGAGGCUAGGAUCAUAAUCGAGGCCGUUUGCAAAUAAAAAAGCUAACAACUCUUGUAUAAAUUCCUUUAUUGACAAAGUAUUACUCAGUAUCAAGCUGAUCAGCCAGCGAAAAUGAAACGCCUGUAAGCUUGAUAACAACUUUGUCAGCUGCUUCUAUCUAUUUUUCUGCCACUACUGCCUUCUUGAGACAUUCAAGACAUCAAAACUUUUAUUGCUGGAAAGUUUUAGUUUUAUUUCCCCAUUUUUUAAGUCAGUUUACGUAAAACUUUCAGGUUUUCUUCAGCAAGUGUUACCAAACAACAAUGUUGUUUAUUUUUAUCAUGGAUUGUAGAUGUAUUAAGCGAGUUUUGUCAUUGAAAAAGUCUAGUGAAUCAAAUUAUAGAUUGGCCAUUACUGAACGAAAUCUUCUUAUCCUCUAAAGACUGGGAUAUGGAAGCACGUCUAAAUUGGAGAGAGAGAUGGAGCCAUCCAUUCCCAGAUCUACUUAGUCUAUUUGCCAUUGCUUACUUGGUAAUACAAAAACCAUGCCACUUAAGAAAACUAACGUGAAUUUAAGAGCUAAUGGUUCACUAAUCAUAGUUAAUACUUUAGUGUUUAUCUCUUGAAUUUGUCAGCGGCUGUCUAGCAGCAAUAGCAGUGAGCUCGACUAUCAAAAUCCCAUCGCUCAUACCUUUUACCUAAGCUGCAACUCUUUAUACUAAUUCAAACAAACAGAGAGGGUUUUGGGUAUUGUCUCUAAAGGUCUUAAAUGGCUAAGACCUUUGAUUGAAAAUCGACAAACCUAGAUAGGAGCUAAGUGCCAAUAGGCGUCUCCAAAUCACGGCACAAAACCUUCAUGGAGGAAUUAGAGAGACGGUGAAACACGGUUUAUCGUCCAACCUGUUGUCCUAUUAUUUCAUCAAAUAAAUCAUUGGCGCCAGGACCUUGUUCCAGUGCUCCAAUCUCUGUUAUGACGCUAUUGAAUUGAAAACCUACAGAGACGAGAUGUGUGUGUCGGGGGAUAGCAAAGCCAGAGGCUUUCGAAGAUCAGCAUUGGUGACGCGCGUUAAGUCGGUUCGGUCGAUAGCCGUGUUGUAAAUAGCUCACAAUGAGGGCGUUAUUAUUAAGCUGAUCCCUGGUUAAUACGUCAUAAUCGGAUUGGACUAUCGACUGCGUCUGUCUUUUAAAGUAACGCAAGUUGGAAUUUCACUACGCAUAUUACUUUUUCGUUGCAAGAGCAAGCAAUCAGUUUGUGUCGUGCAUUCACAGAGACCUUUUGAAGGGGACGUGAUCCGUUGACUUUCAUUCGUGGACCUCAUAUCAUACAAGGCAUCAUUAGAAAUGGAGUUUGCUCUUACAGCACUGUGCACUGUAUUGCUUCUUUGGACCGUUGACUGUCAAGCUUGUCGCUGCGUGCAGAAACCACUACAUGAAGCAUUUUGUGAUGCAGACUUUGCCAUAGUUGCAAGAGUUACAACAUUGAAGAGAAUACUUGAGUACCAGCCACUCCUAUACAACUUUGGAAUAAUGCCACUCCGUAUAUUCAGACAAGAAAAACCAGUUUUCGUCAAAGGGGUUUCGUCAGUUGUAUUUACACCACGAUCAGCAGAUUUGUGCCAUGCCAAAGUGAAGCGUGGCGAGGUCUAUCUUCUUGGUGGUCGCGUGAAAGGUAGGCGAGUGUUCCUCACCAGCUGUGGAUUGGUGAGAAAGUGGCAGUCUUUACAGCACAUUGUUCGCAAAUCCAUUCGACAAGGGAAAUUGUCUUGCAACUGCACCGUGCAGGGCUGUGAAGGACAACAAUGUAUGUUGCGUAGAUCGAAGUUUAAACAGCCAGUCUCGCAUUCAUGUGAAGCGGUGUCUUUGAAAAGAAAGAUGUGCUACUCAAAGUUCGGCGUUUGUAUCUUUAAGAACAAUAGAUGUAAAUGGGCAAAACGCUCUCAAAAACUCAUAAAUAACUGCGUUACAGACAGUCACUUUAACUUUAUUCCAACCAGAAAGGUUACCUAGAAGAGAGACAGCUCAAAUCACAGUUGAGGCAACCAAAAUUUAUGGCAUGCCAAAAGAGUGACGAGGCUUCACUAGGCUGUUGCUGGCGACUCUUACUUGCACAAUGUGAAUGGCUUGGGUGUCAACGAGAGAACCCCAAAAGAGUAUCAGAGAUUAAGAGAAUGGGUUUCUAACUCAUAAGUGAACUAUCGCUGUUUCAGAAAGCUGAACUGGAGUUUCAGAUACUGAGGGUUUUAAAACGGGCAUUAACCGUGAAGAACUGUAGCCUUUGCUAAUCUAACUGAGUUUGCCGUACUGUUUCAGAGUUCAGAAUAAGAUUUUUUAUCACUCUUCUGUGAACCUUCUUCACAAUUCCAUCAAAAAGUAUCUCCAAAGGUUAUUCAAAUUAUUACUAAUGUUUGCAAAGCAUAAUACUUUUAAGCUAAUGCAUAGAAUUUAAGAAACGGAAGAGAUGUUUUGCAAGAGCCCCUGUUACUACUCCAGGUAACUCUGUCGAAGCUAGCGAGGCCUACAUUCAACUUUGCAAACCCCCUUGUUUUCGUUUUGACGCGAGUCACCUUAUACUAUGUAUAGAUGUAUAUUUAUCAUUUCGCGAGAUAUCCCUGCUUUAUUUGCUAUUUCCUAUACCUUCGCAUCUUUAUCUGCAUCUCAAGCUGUAUAAUUUGAUGCUUAUCAGAUUCUCCUGUUCAAGGCAUGAACCUAGGUUAAUAUUCUGAUGCCUGUAAAAAUGCAGUUUAUUGUAGUGAAGGUCAAUGGACUACUGUACAGUUAAAAGAUAGAAUUGCGCUGAAUAUUUGUGUCUUGUUUUCUAGCAUAUGUCUUUGAAUUUUUAUGCAUCCAUCAAAUGCUUUUGAUGCAAGGAACGCGAAGCAUAUUACGGAUUGAGGGAGCUAACAAGUUUCUUUUUGGGGGGUAUACAUGUAGAUUUCCUGUAUGGUUUUUAGUUCAUUGCGGAAGGGGUUAAGCCCCCCUGCGACUGCGGUUCCUGGUUAAGGCCGGUUUCCACUUUAUUCGCUCUGGUCGCGCGACUUGGCGAAAUCGAAUCAACAAGUCAGCGAAUCGGCGAACGCGAACAGUCACUCAGCGAAUGGUCGCGCAUUCGCAGCGAAGGAAGCUCAAUUUGCGCAUGCCCCAUUUUGCAUUCGCUCAGUCGCGCGACCAGAGCGAAUAAAGUGGAAACCUGCCUUUAGAAGUGGCGAUUCGUUCGUUCCGUUAACAUGGCCUUGCUUAAUUCCUUUCAAUGAAAUGAAGUUAACAAGUAGAAUUAUAUUCAUAUUAUUUAUGUAAACUAAUGAAUUUGGUCUUUAUCAGCAAGAAUUGCGGAACCAAAUGCCAACGAAAAAAGUUUGUGAUUACUUAGAAAGCAAAGAACUAAGCAAGUUAAGGUAAAGAAACAAAUUUUUUUUCUUUAUCAAACAAUCCUUCAGUUUCAUUAUAACUAAACCCUAUAUAUUAUAUUAAAUAAAACUAAACCCUAAAAAGACUGAUUUGCCGUGAAAAUAAUCAAUCACACGAAAUCGUAGAGAAAUAGCUAUCAUGUAUUAUAAGGGUAGAAGGAGCUUUAAUGGGCAAAGAUAUUGAGCCUAACUGUGAAUUGGUACAUCUGCAUUUGCAAUUGUCGAUUAUUAGCGAUGUUUUCCUUUGCAUUAUUGUGCCUGCUGCAUUGCUCUUUCUGUCGAUUGCAGUUAAGUCAGAUGCUUUUUGCAGCAGCAAUAAUGAAUAACCAACUCAUAACAGGUAUAACAUUCUUGUAACUGAUCUAGGUGAAAUUUCAAUCGCCACCUUACACACUCUUUUGUCAUGUCAUUUACACCUAGCAACCAUUUCACGGUCACCCACGUGUCAUACCGCGCAUAAAUUUAUGCAUUUAAACACUUACGACUUAUAUUCUCUCGUCUCUCGUUUCCAACUUCCUGCACCCAGCAAUAUUUUGAUCACGAGCAAAGCGACGUUUUCCUUCACCAGUGAACACAGAAUAUUUCUUUCUUACUUCUCCCUCUAUAUCAAUAUAAUAAACAAAUAAUAUCCUGUUCUAGCCCUUGAGCUAUUCUCCUUCCAGUGCGUCUUCCUAAACAGCUUGCCAAAAUAGAGUCAGAGUCACAGAAGAAGCAAUCUUUAACAUGCCCUUUGUUUGAAUUUGUGGAAAUUUAUAACUGAUCUGCAAAAGUAAUUGUUUCCAAAUGCAAUACUUGUGCAGGUCUUGAUCCUUUCGUUUGGUAAUAAACUUCAAUACUAGAGAUACAAAAUAUUUCACGUUGAUCAAAAUUAUUUAGCAGCAAGCUGCCACUUUCAUAAAUCUUUUUUUUUCUUUAAAUAUUCAAUUCUGAAGGCCUAAGGACCACUAAAAAAUUGCUGACUGGCCGGACAUGGCCGGCGAUCGGUAGGUUGCCCACUUGAUCCAACUGACGAAAUUCUUCUUUCUGCAGUUUCGUUUGAUAAUUUUGUAGCCACGAAGACGUACCAGUUUAGUAGGAUGUAUCAAGGCCAUGAAAGAAGGAAAUUUUUUCAAGGAUACUUAUUUUAUGAAAUCGCGAAAAGGAGCGUGUGGUCCACCGAACUGGAUGAAUAACAUCUUUAUCGGUUUGUCAGAACAAAGCCAGUCGCUUUAAUAAAUUUGAGAAAUAUUAAUCUUUGAAGAUCAUUUCUUUAAGACGGCUGCUCGACAUUCACAGACAGCUAUUGCCUGUGAAACACAACCGGUGUUUCUCAUGAGAAACCCUCUGUAAACAAAUAAGAAUUAUUUUUGACGGUCGUUCGCAGCUUAUAUGGAAACUAACAUAAUCCGGUAAAAUUAACACAUCCUUCUAGCAUAUAAUGACUGUUUGAUUGAUCACGUAUGAUUGGAAAGCCCCUAUAUUCCCACAUCUCAACAGUACCUUCAAUCAGAUUUGCUUAUUAUCGAUUCAUCUAGAACAGGAAUUUUUAAGGCAGUGGCAGCUGCAUCUUUUAGCAAUCGAUUAAUAAUAUUUAUCGCUGUAAUCAAUGUUAUACUAUUCACAUCCUUCACUUAUGUUGUUCACACUACCUUCCACCGUGCUGCUUUUAAUUGAGACAUUAAGCAGAUUUUCUUCAUAAUGUGCUUUCCUGCAACACUCGACUAUAAAUGUGGUUGGUUGGUACCCAGUUACUAAACACAUCUAACUGCUGCAUAUGUUGUUGAGGCAGAGCCUAAGCACAUUUUUCUGGCAAGUGACAUUGAACAUUACAAAGCAGAACACAUAAGGUGAUUCUAUAUAUCAAGGAAAUUUUUGGUUCUAUCAAUCUGUUUCCACCAAGAACUCUGGGUCUAAGCUGAUAUAAUCUCAUUUUGCUUGUUCCGAAGUAGUUGUGCAGUUUUCGACCAUGGAUCUCAACAAUACUACGUUAGAUGGCUGCUUGCUUGUACGUCAGUUGCAACAUCCAGACAAAAAAAUGUUGUUAGUUGGUCUAUAUGUGACAGCAGCAGUCAAUCUUAUCCCUGCUUUGCUCACAGUUAUCGUCAAUGGUGGGCUGCUGGCACUUUUUAUCAAGACACGGUCCUUGCACAAUCCCCCAACUGUUUUUCUAGGUGCACUUUGUCUCAGCGAUUUAUUGGUUGGUGUCAUUUCGCAGCCUCUGUAUCUUUGCAUAAUAUUUACAGUUGUAUCUUCUAUCAACCCGAGCUUCAGUCUAGGACUUGCCUUUUUUCUAUCAAUGAUCAUAUUCGCUGGAAUGUCCUACAUAUUGGUUUUCUAUAUAACCCUAGAUGUUUAUUUUGCUGUCUGUUAUCCAUUCAAAUAUGAGCGAUUUUGCACCUGCAAGAGGUUUUUGCUACUAGUCGCUGGAACAUGGGUGUAUAAAGUGCUACCCCCAUUUGGAGGCUCGUUGUUUUAUAUUUGGUAUUAUGCAAUAUUUACUGUGAUCACUCUAAGCAUCAUGAUUGCUUGUUACAAGAGAAUAUAUCUUGCCAUUCGUGAAAAGAAUCGCGCUGUUGUUACUGUUGGCACAUAUAGCAUGGAAGAAAAGCAAGCAAGAAGAAGAGACAAAGAGGACAGAAAGAAGACAUACACCAUCAUUCUACUGCUUUCUGCAUUUAUCACGUGCUACUUCCCUACGCUGGUUGUAUCUGUGACGUGGUUUCCAACGAUUUCUAGUUUGCGAUUAUGCAGAUUCUCUCCUGAAGCAUUCUUCUGGUUUAUACUGGCCAUGUUCUUUUUGCAAUUUAACAGCAUAAUCAACCCGAUUGUCUACUGCAUUCGUCUUACCCCUAUAAGGAGAGCGAUAUUGAAACUGCUUAAUCGUAGAGUGCAAGUUCUUUGAAUGAGACAAGAAUACGUGUAAAAACCUCAAAUGGUUGUGUAUGCGAUAUAUCCCAGAACAUCAUCAUUUAAGGCAGUUGAAUGAACGACUUUAGUUUUGGGCAUGUUUGUCAGUGAAUGUUAGUAUGUCAAUAAUAACUGUAUAUAAAGAGUUGAAUUCAAACUUUUGCGUGAUUGCUUUGACAUUAUUUUCUAGAAUUUGUGUAUAGAUAAAGACAUUGGAACUUACUUUAAUAACACUUAAAAAAAGGCCUGUUGAGGGAAGCCUUGGACAGCCCAGACACCACGGGUUCUUCAUUGCCUCCUCUCCGCAUCGAGACUCGCUGUGGAUGCACAGCUCAUUACGUUCUGACUAGAGAUGUAUUUCUAUUGGCUAUUCUCGAUGCUACGAAAAGGCUCGAAGAACUCAAAUCGGAGUUCGCCGAGUCUCCUCCAAUUAGGAUUUCUUGAGCAGCUAAAGCACCACAGACUGUCUCACAGAGAACUCCUUCAGUUCAGAUUCCAGUUAGGCGAAGACUGUAGUUUGUUAAGUAAGAAAUAGACAAAACCUAGACUAGUAUAUGGACAAUUUUGUACUACACAAGCGUUUCAAAUUCGGUUUUAAACGACGUGAGAGCACUUUUUCACAUCUAUUACUUUCCUCUCAGUGGGCCUAUAUGCAAGGAGUUUUUGGAUAACUUACGGUGAAGAUCUGCGAUAACUUUUAUCAUUAUUGCUUUAAUAACUUUGCAGGUUGAGUGGACACUGCAUUUUAACGUUCAAUAUAUACAUGUCAUUAGCUUUGAGAUUCUAAAUAGAACAAACUUCCAUUUCAUUAUUGGUUAAAUGUACAGCAUUAAAGUUUCUCUUAGAAUUGAUUUUCCUCUUUGUUUUCAUUUGUACCAUACUUGGCAGAGUGCCUUUAUUGUCCUGCACCUCAAGUGUUGAUGACAGACGUUAUAUAGAACAUAAAAGUCGAACUGAUGAAAACUCACAUGUAUUUAACGAUAAUCACUAUCACGUUUUUAGCAUUAGAGAGACGGUUCAUGUUAGUGAUCUCCUUUUUA